ACUUACGCCAUCCACAGCGCUCCUUCUGCUCGCGUUGGCGCAACGACGAACUCCCGCUUCGCGUUUAGAAUAUACUAUAGGUUGCAGAGUGCACAUAGGUGAAAGGAUUCAAACCAUUCGAGCACUAUCGCACGCAGGAGAGUUUCUAAGUCGUACUUCUGGGCGCUAUCCGAAGCGGCUGCUAGGGUUUUCCGCUUUGACUCCUCGGUCUCCAAAGCCCACGGAUCAACAUGAGUAAAUCCGGUCAAGCUCCUGAUUUAAAGAAGUACAUGGACAAGAAACUCAACAUAAAGCUGAACGCGAAUCGCACGGUAGUGGGGGUGCUGCGGGGGUUCGACCAGUUCAUGAACCUGGUGCUCGACAACACCGUGGAGGUCAGCGGGGCCGACAAGACCGACAUCGGCAUGGUGGUGAUUCGGGGAAACAGUGUGAUCAUGAUUGAAGCGCUGGAAAGCGUAAGGUAACACAUGGGUUUCUGGUGGCGCCAUGUGCCUACGCAGCUCCUCACAGAGCGUUUUGUUCUGUGCUCUGCUGCUCGGCCCAGUUUGACCCAUUUCUAACUUGAUAAAGCAUUUGUAAGGAUAGGUUAUGUAGGUGGUACUGUAUACAGCUGGAUAACACUAUGUUUGGAUGGCAUUCUCGGCACACCAAGCGCCAGUCUAUGGUCUGAAUUGCAUCAUUGUAGGUGUAGGUGUUGUCAAACAUAUGUAGAACAUAUAUUUGUAUAGACUGUAUAGGGUCACCUCUUAGAGGUGGGGGGAUCCUAACCUACGCGUGAUACCAUAUCAAACUGAGUGAACUGAAUGGAUGACUAGUAGAAGAGUACAGAUAGAUAUACCUAAGUUGU